CCUCCGCGCCUCCAGGGGGCGCCGCCAAGGGCGCGGCGGCCUCGGAGCGCGGCCCUUCCGCGCCCGCCUUCUCCUGACCUGCUCCCCGUUCCUGCUCCCGGCUCCCGGUUCCUCCGCUCCCUUCUCCCACCGCCUGGCCAUGCUGAGCUCCCGCGGCCCGGCCCUGUGCACCGCUCUGCGGCGGGCGGCGGGACCCGCCGGCCUCGCCUCCUUCCACUGCUCCGCCCGGCGCCGCCGCUCCGCCCGCGUCGCUGUGGUCCUGUCUGGUUGUGGCGUCUACGAUGGCACAGAAAUCCACGAGGCUUCGGCUGUGCUGGUGCACCUUAGUCGUGGGGGAGCUGAGGUUCACAUGUAUGCUCCCGAUGUUCCUCAGAUGCAUGUCAUCGACCACAGUAAGGGGCAACCAGCUGAAGCUGAGUCAAGGAAUGUUUUAGUGGAGUCUGCAAGAAUAGCUCGUGGUAAAAUUGCAAGCCUGGCUAAGCUGACCACAGCAGACCAUGAUGCUGUGAUAUUCCCUGGUGGAUUUGGAGCUGCCAAAAACUUAUCAACCUUUGCUGUUGAUGGGAAAGAUUGCAAGGUGAACAGAGAAGUUGAACGAGUCUUGAAGGACUUCCACAAAGCAGGCAAACCUAUUGGCCUGUGCUGCAUUUCCCCAGUGUUGGCAGCAAAGGUUCUCUCUGGUGCUGAAGUAACUGUGGGCCACGAAGAAGAGGAAGGUGGCAAGUGGCCUUAUGCUGGGACUGCAGGAGCCAUCAAAGAGCUGGGAGCAAAGCACUGUGUGAAAGAAGUAACUGAAGCUCACGUGGAUACAAAAAACAAGGUGGUGACUACCCCAGCAUUUAUGUGUGAAACAGAAUUACACAAUAUCUUCGAUGGCAUUGGGGCAAUGGUAAAAAAUGUGCUAAAACUAACUGGCAAAUAAAAAAAAGAAAAAACAACAACACCAGAAAUGUUUAAAUUUAGGGCAUAGUAUCAAAUAUAUCAUGGACCAAUGGAAACGUUUUCACCUGCUUGACCUGUUCACACUCUAGUGAAUGCUGAUACCAAGCUGAUUGAUUCCCAGCUGCAGGAAUUUCCAUGCCUUUCUGAGGGAGGGGCCUUACAGAGGACAAGGAGCCUGGCCUGAGACACAGAGCAUUUUUUUGGACCUUUUGCAGCUGGAGAGAGCCGUGUGGGUGUGUUCUGGAACAAGUCCUCUCGAUGCACCAGUGUCAAGCCAGUUCUAAUAGGGCAAAAAGAGACUUGGAGGCCCUUUCAGAAGCUGAGGGCAGAUAUUUUGUAGGGAUUUGGCACGUGUAGUGGCAGGACAUGUGGUGAUUGAAGAAUGGGAAUAGAGAGGAAUGAGUGCAUGGUUCAAGGUUUAUCUGCUCAGGCCUGUGUCUGUGAACUACAAGCCAGGAUCAGCUGUUGAGGGAGUAGACAUCUUCCACGUCUUAAUUUGGCUUGGUAUUAAUUAAAAAGCUAUUCUGAAUAUCAGUCAGCAACAGGACACAACUGCCACAAGAGUAGCACUUUGAAAAAUUCAUCCAUUGGCCCAUUAUAGUUUUAAAAGGUCUUGAAAUGAAGGAGAAAAUAUCUGCUGAUGUGACGCACAACUUUUAAGGACAGCAUCCGUGUUAAAGCAGUUGUAUGACUAGUAGUGAAUGGAAAAAGCAGCCUCAAAUUAUCCUAACCUCCCCUGCUUUAGGGUAAUAAAGCUUUCUCCAAAGAAAUACUAUUGAAUGUCUGGAAUAAUGAUGUAUAAAUAAAUUAAUUUCUGCCUUUAUGUCA